AUGGGCUCACUCACGGCUUUCCUCAUUUGCGCCUUAACGGUGGCUGCCCGGGGUUUGACGCCCCCAGCACCUGAACUCGACUCUCUCGUCAGUGGGGAUGGUAAAAUCUGGGCUGCGCCUCGUACCAUCACCGUUGAUGGGAAGCGCUUGCUAGCAGCCAAGGCUGCCCUGGCAGUUGGAGAGCCUUCGACGACCAAGGCCCUCGUGUCCCUCCUCAAGGACGCGGACGGCUGGCUGCACUACGGGCCUUGGACAGUCAUGUCCAAGAACGCAACCGCCCCCACGGGAAACAAGCACGACUUCUUCGUGCAGAACCCAUAUUUUUGGCCUUCGGAAAACUCGACAGACGGGUGCCCUUAUCAACCCCGGGAUGGUGUUGCAAAUCCCGAAGCCUCCGUGGCUGACGACCUGGGUUUGAGAAGGACGCUUGAGGCGAGCUGGGCACUCACCUUGGCCUGGUGGUACACUGGUAACAAGGCCUAUGCCAAGCACGCCAGCCUGAUUCUCAAGACAUGGUUUCUCGACGAGAAGACCAAGAUGAAUCCAAACAUGGACUACGGCUCCUGGCUCCCCUGCAUGGAGCCCGAGGACAAUCCUUACUCCUUCUCCGCGCUCAUCAGCUUGUCAGCUCGCAUCAGCUUUGCCAUUGACGCCAUCCGCAUCCUUGAAUCGACCAACGCACCGGGUUGGACAGUUGCGGAUACUGCCCGCAUGACGUCCUGGUGUAAAAAGAUGAUCAAAUGGUUGACCACGUCCCACGUCGGCCGCGGGACGCUCCUCGGCUUCAAUAAUCACGGCGUAUACGCACAUCUGGCGGGCAUCAACAUGGGACUAUACGUCGGCGACAAGUCUUUUGCCCGCGAGCUUCUGCAUAAUGUGACACACCGCAUCGACGAUGGCAUCGCGGCCAACGGGUCGCAGCCCAAUGAGCUCAUCCGUACGCAGCCCUUCCAUUACUCGAUGUUCACUCUCGUCGGCUUCUCGCGCAUCAUCCUCAUGGGUGAGAAGGUCGGCGUCGACCUCUGGAAAUACGUCGGACCCGAAGGCCAGAGCGUCCAGAAGGGCAUCGAGUUCUUGAUCCCUCCAGCUUUGAACGGUACUGACGCCUGGCCAUACCCGGAGCCCAUCCACUUCCGCCGAGCGGCGCCCAACGACAUCUUUCACUUUGCCGCCGAGAGGGGCAGUCAGGCGGCCUUGAACGCGCUGACAAGCUGUAAGCUGGAGCAGCCGUCGCUAGGAGAUCGUUGGCCGAUCCGUCCCGCGCCGCAGGAGCUGGAGUCGAGUAGCAUCCUAGAGCCAUCAGAUUAA